AUCCAUGUAUUUGGAGGUUGCAGAUUCCUCAAAAUUGCCGUCUGGGUGGACUAGAUAUGCCAAAUUCAGUUUCACCUUGGUUAAUCAACUUGAUAGAAUCCUGUCAAAAACCGAAGACCUUGAGCAUGAGUUCAAUGCGAAUGAGAGUGAGUGGGGACUCGGAGAAUUCAUGAAUUUAAGUGAGAUCCAUGACCUUUCUAAAGGCUAUCUUAUGAAUGAUAUUUAUAUUGUUGAAACCAAUGUUUCAGUUCGUAAGGGUGAUAUUAAAAUCUUAGACAACGAAACUGGCGAGCUUAUGGAUUUUAAGGAUUUAGUACGAAUAGAGUUGGCUUUUCAUCCACUGCUAGAGGAAGUUUGUUUGUCACAGCCUUCGUUGAUUGAGUGCCAACAGAGGAGAAGCCGUACAUUUUUCGAAUGUGCAUUCACAACAUUGGGCCGACUCUUACAUUUCUUGAAGACUACAAAGGUGAAGGAUUUGAACCAAGAUGGCUAUGACAGGCUUCAACUUUUAUGGGAGGAGCUCGAGUGCUUCAAGUUUGACUUGACUUGGCUGCAGCCUCAUGUUCAAUCUGUUUUUGGUAUGAAGAACAUGGCAGGAAGAGUGGCUAGAAUGAGAGAAGAUGUCAAUAUUUUGGACAAUGAAGUCAAGAAGCGGAGGGCUAUGCUAGCAGCUGCGGAGGUCGACCUUGAGAGAGCAAAAGAAGAUUUGGUAAAGGCAGACCGACGGUUUAACAAGAUAGGUGAUGUGGAUUGUGUAAUAGGCUAUCCGUUGGCUUAAAUGUAGAAUUCGAAUUCUCUCUAUUCCCAUAGUAGUUUGUCAAUUAAGAGUUUAAGACAGAUAUGCCAUGUUUGCAUUGUAUUGCUUCCAGCAGGAUUAGUGAGUUCUGAAAUGUUUGCACCCAAUUA